GCUUCCGGCCGGGCGAGGAAGGGGCGGGAGGAGAAGGAGGAAGGGAAGGGAAAGGAAGGAAAGGAAGGGAAGGAAGGAGGGGAGGACGGAAGGAAGGAAGGAAGGAGGAGCUGAGGCGGCCGCGCACGGACCGGCGGGACCCGCCACGGGAGAUCCUGCGCGGCUCCCGCCGGGGCCGCCAGCCAUGCGCACGGCGGGAUGAAGCUGCAGGCGGUGGUGGAGCAGCUGCAGAAGCAGCAGCAGCAGCAGCAGCAGCAGCCGGCGGUGCCCAUGGAUUGCCGGGAGCGCCGCCGGGAGCCGCAGGUGCCCUUCCCGACGCCGCCGCCCUUCCCCGGCCAGCCCCGCGCCGGGCGCGCCCCGGGGCUGUCACCCGCCGUGCCCCCGGCGGUGUCACCCGCCGUGCCCGCGGGCAGAGCCCCCGCCGCGGCCAGCCGGGCCCUGGAGCAGAGCAGCGCGAACUCUGAGGACGAGGAGGAGGACGAGGAGGAGGAGGAUGACGAGGAGGAUGAAGAGGACGGCGCUGAGCUGGAGGACGGCUCCGGGGUGGCCGGCCAGCCGAGCUGCCCUGCCCUGCCGUAUUUCCGCGCUCCCAAAGGCGCCCAGGGCAAGCCCAGGGGGGGCUGUGGUGCCAGCCCCGUGCCCGGCGCGGGGCAGCCGCGGGGCAGGGAGCAGCCGGGCACGGCCCCGGCCCGCUGGCGCCUGGACGAGCAGCUCAAACAGAACGGCGGCGCCAGCUGGAGCGACGACGGCGACGGCGGCCGGGGAAGGGAGAUCUCCCGAGACUUUGCCAAGCUGUACGAGCUGGACAGCGACCCCGAGCGGAAGGAGUUCCUGGAUGACCUCUUCAUCUUCAUGCAGAAAAGGGGCACGCCCAUCAACAGGAUCCCCAUCAUGGCCAAGCAGAUCCUGGACCUGUACCUGCUCUACAAGCUGGUGACCGACAAGGGCGGCCUGGUGGAGAUCAUCAACAAGAAGAUCUGGAGGGAGAUCACCAAGGGCCUCAACCUGCCCACCUCCAUCACCAGCGCCGCCUUCACGCUGCGCACGCAGUACAUGAAGUACCUCUACGCCUACGAGUGCGAGAAGAAGUCUCUGAGCUCCCCGGCCGAGCUGCAGGCCGCCAUCGACGGCAACCGGCGCGAGGGCCGGCGGCCCAGCUACAGCUCCUCGCUGUUCAGCUACUCCCCGUCCCCGCCGGGGCCUCCUUCCCUGCUGUCCCCCCCCAAAAUCCGCUUCCCCAUCAUCGGCGUGGCACCAGGCAGCGCCACCAGCAACCCCCGCGUGUCACCGGCCCUCAGGAAAGGUGACGGCGUGCCCCUGACGGUGUCCAUGCCGAGCCGCGUGGCCGUGCCGGUGACGCUGGGUGGCCAGCAGGGCACCGUGGCGGCCAGGACGGCCACGCUGGAGCAGCUGAGGGAGAGGCUGGAGGCGGGAGAGCCCCCGGAGAAGAAGGUGCCGCGCAUGACGGAGGAGGAGCAGCGGCUGGUGCAGCAGGCGCUGCAGCGCAACCUGUUCAGCAUGGCCCGCCAGAUCCCCAUGAAGAUCAAAAUCAACGGCAAAGAAGACAAGGCCGACUCGGCGGCGGCGGCGCUGAACCUGUCCCCGAACGGCAUCGGCAGCAUCAACAUGUCCGUGGAGAUCAACGGCACCACCUACACGGGGGUGCUGUUUGCCCAGAAGCCCGUGGUGCAGCUCCUGGCCGGCUCGGGCACGCAGAGCUCGUGCAGCAGCAGCAGCAGCAGCAGCUCCAGCAGCUCCCACUGCUCCCCCAGCCCUACCUCAUCGCGGGGCACGCCCGGCGCAGAGCCCUCCACCAGCUGGUCCCUGUGACGGGCACUGCCCAGGCGUGCACACAUACCUCACCUCAAGGAACCUGCUCUCGUGGCUGCACAGCACCUGCAGGAUGAUGAUGAUGAUGGUGGUGGUGGUGAAACCUUUCCAUGCCAGCGAGUUCUCCUUCAUCAUCUCUUUGUGCGGCCUUUUUUUGGCUUUGUUCCCCCCUUUCCUUCCUCCCUUUUGCUCUUUGGUUCCUCCUCCUCCUCCCAGGGUGUGUGGUGCUCCCAUGGAGGAGGGGCACACCUGGCGUUUCUCAAUCAGGGAUGGCUCUGGGGCCACAGCUCCUGGCCAGGAUGUCACCAGGGCAGGGAAAGGGCCAGGGCUGGGCUGGGGGCCCUGGUUCAGCUGGAGCCCUGGCUCUGGGAGCCCUGGUUCUCUUGGGAGCCAUGGUUCUGCUGGAACCCUGGCUCUGCUGGAGCCCUGGCUCUGCUGGGAGUCCUGGUUCUGUUAGGAGCCCUGGUUCUCCCGGAGCCCUGGUUCUGCUGGAACUCUGGUUCUGUUGGGAGCCCUGGUUCUGCUGGAACCAGGGCCACCAGGGCUCUUCCCACCCACAACUCCAUGUUUUGACAAUCCUGAGAGCCGGGGGGUGCCUGGCCCUCUCCUCCCAUGGCAAUCUGCUUGUGUCCCUUCCUGCCAUGUCCCCAUGUGUCCCUCCUGCUCCUCUCCACGGUUCUGGCACCAUCAGCUGCUCAGUUCUGGCUGCUGCCACCUCACCCCUUGAGUCCUGAGUGUCCCUGAGGAGUGACACAGGGCCUGGGCCUGCUGGGGUUCCAUGUGCCCUGCUCUGUCCCCAUAGCAGGGUCACUCAGGUUGGUGCAGGCUCCCUGGAGCAGCUCUGGCAGCUCUGCAGGGCUGCAGGUGGGGUGUGAAUGUGGGCAUCUGGGGCUCUGAACUGUACCCGAGCAGGGCAGGCCUCCUGCUCCCAGGGAGGAGCAGAGCCAGGGAACCCAGCCCUGCCUGGCCCAGGGAACCCAGCCCUGCCUGGCCCAGGGAACCCAGCCCUGCCUGGCCCAGGGAACCCAGCCCUGCCUGGCCCAGGGAACC